ACCAAGAUACCAAUCUCCAAUCUCUUCAAGCUUAAUUCAUAAUCGUAGUUGAAUCGAUCACCACCCAUGGAGUUCCUCCUCCCACACCCAGUACCUUCCAUUUUCGCAUUUCUUCUCUUUCUCUACUACCUCCAUAGAAAAAGAAAGACUUCAACCAACAAUAGAGUCAUCCCCCCGGAAGCAGGGGGAGCGUGGCCUGUAAUCGGCCACCUUCCCCUCUUAGCCGACCGGGGACUGGCCCACAAGGUGUUGGGAGCCUUAGCCGACAGACACGGACCGAUAUUCACGAUCCGAGUUGGUGUCCAACGGGCCAUUGUGGUGAGCAACUCAGAUAUAGCCAAAGAAUGCCUCACCGGCUCGAACGACAGGGCGUUCACGAACCGGGGGAAAUCCAUAGCGUUGGAGCACUUGACUUAUAACUACGCCAGCUUCGGGUUCGGACCUUACGGGACUUACUGGCGCGAGAUGCGGAAGAUUUCGGUGACUGAGCUUUUGUCGAACCAGCGGCUCGGGAUGCUCAGCAAUGUGCGCGAGUCGGAGGUGGAAAACUCGGUGAGAGAGGUUUAUAGGAUGUGGGUGAAGGAGGGGAGUUGUUUGGUGGAGAUGAAGAGAUGGUUUGAAGACUUAACCAUGAAAGUGACUGUUAGAAUUCUCGCAGGUAAUGCAAAAAUAGAGGCGGAUGGGGCAUAUCGGGCGGCAUUAAAGGAGUUUUUUGAGCUAGCGGGAGCGUUCAUCAUAGCGGACGCGAUUCCUUUUCUAAGGUGGUUGGAUAUGGGAGGGUACGAGAAGAAGAUGAAGACGACGGCAAAGAAAAUGGAUGACUUGCUUGAGCAGUGGUUAGAAGAACAUAAACGGAGGAGAAAUUCAGGCGGGGUGGCGCCGGAGGCAGAGAAAGACUUCAUGGACGUGAUGUUGGAAAUUUUAGAUGAUGGUACAAAUGAGGCCCUAAAAUUUUUUGAUGCUGACACAAUCAACAAAGCUACAUGUUGGGGUUUUACGUUAGCAGGAGCGGAUACCAUACCGCUAACUCUUACAUGGGCCGUGGCUUUGCUCCUCAACAAUCCGCAUGCACUAAAGAAAGCCCAAGAAGAACUAGACACCCAUGUUGGCAGGCAAAGGCAAGUCAAAGAAACAGACAUGAAAAACCUCGUCUACAUACGAGCCAUAAUCAGGGAGACCAUGCGUUUGCACUCUCCGAUCCAACUCUUCACCAUACGGGAAACCACGGAGGACUGCACCGUGAGAGGGUACCACGUCCCAGCCGGCACGCGCCUGUUCGUGAACCUGUGGAAGAUCCAUCACGAUCCGCAGGCGUGGGCGCCCGACCCGUGGGAGUUCCGGCCCGAAAGGUUUUUGACGACCCACAAGGAUGUUGAUUUGAGGGGGAAGCAUUUUGACUUGAUUCCGUUUGGGAGCGGGAGGAGGGUCUGUCCCGGAAUCUCUUUCACGACUCAGAUCCUCGAGCUUACGCUGGCUAGUUUGGUACACGCUUUUGAAAUUGCGACGCCGACGGGUGAGCCUGUUGACAUGACCGAGGGCUCGGGUUUCCCGAAUAAGAAAGUGAUGCCGCUUGAAGUCCGCCUCACUCCGCGCUGGCCUCCUGAACUUUAUGGAGAAUAGCGACCGAUGUAUGAGAGAACGUUGUUUCAUCUUUAUAGGGAUAUCUCAAAGUUCUGUUUAAAAAGGAGUAAAAAAUAAGGAUAUCUCGGGUGUACUAAAAAAAAAAUCAUCAAUUGUGUUAGUUGUUGUAGCAGUUCUGAAAACAUGAACAUGUAAUUGUCUUGUGUAA